AUGAUACAACGAUUAUAUGGAGGCAGUGCUCACAGAAUGCCAAUUCGUUAUAAUAAUGGAACAUGUAAAGAUCUUAUUAAUUCUUUCGAAUGUGAUUGCCCUAAAGGUUUCAUUGGAACAGACUGUAGAAUAAACGUUAAUGAAUGUGCUUCAUAUCCAUGUUCAUUUGGAUCAACUUGUAUUGAUCGUGUUGGAACAUAUGAAUGUAUUUGUCCAGAACAACGAUAUGGUCGACAUUGUGAAGAAGUGAUCAUUGAAACAGAACCAAAACCUCCAGCAUGUAAUUUUUAUGGUCGAAUUUAUGAUCAUAAUGACAAUUGGACUUAUAGUUGUCAACAAUGUCAUUGUAAUAAAGGACAAAUUAUAUGUACUGAUGAUUUCUGCGGAUAUUGGUCAUGUUUACAAAUUAUUGGACGAAAUGAUCGUUUCGCUUGUAAAAAUGGUGAAAUAUGUCAUAUUAUCUCAUCAAAUAGUUUGAAUAAUAAUGAUUGUUUUGUACCACCAUGUUAUUUACGUACAAUUUGUUUAAAUGCUAGUCAAUCAAUACAAGAACAAUUAAAACAAUUAUUACCUAAUUAUUAUUUUAAACAAUCAUUACCGGGUUGUCGACCAAAUAGUUUUAUAUUAAAUAAUCAUUGUGCUAGAUUAUUAUUACAUUUUUCUAAAUUACGUAUGUCAUAUUCAACGACUAUUGAUGAUAUAUGUAAUGCUGUAAAAAAUUUACCAUCAUUAAAAAAAUAUCAUCACUAUGGUAGUAGUAAUGGUGGCGGUGGUGAUGAUGAUGAUGGGGGUCGUGGGAAAUUGGAUAUCGGUAUAAGUUGUGAUAUAAAAGCUGGUUAUUCUAUAGAACAACAAAAUAUAAUAGAAGUAACACUUAGUUCAUUGAAUGAUCAAGUUCGAAUUGGUCCAGAUGGUAGAGAAUAUUCAUUUAUUCAUGAAUUAGCUAGAAAUUUAUCUAAAGAAGCUUAUUUAGCUGCAUCAACUAAUUUAAAAUUACGUAAAGAUAAUUUGAAACUAUUCAAUAGUGGGAGUGACAUGAAUUAUGAGUUUGCCAAUAAUGAUAGUAAUCAUGAUGAGGAUGAUGAUGAUGAUGAUGAUGAAAGCAUACCGUUACCGCCGAUGUCUAUGAUUUUAGGCACUGAUCAAUUAGAUGAUUAUUGGCAUAGAGUAUUGCUUGGUAUAGUCGAAAUUCAAGUUGAUACAAUGGUUGUAAAUGAAAAGGAUUUCGGUCCACGUUUAUUAGUUCCAAUAGUAUGUGCUACAAUCUUAAUUCUUGCAUCAAUAUGUAUCUUUAUAAUAUGUUGUUAUUCUCAAAGAAAACGUCGUGAACUUCUUAUGAAAUAUACAACAACAAUAGCGCCUAAUAAUGAACAAUCAUCAAAUUUAAUACAAGAUAUAUCAGAAAGUAAUAAUACAACAAAUCAUCAUCAUUUCAAGACUAUAACACAUCCGAUCAAUAUAACACCGACUAAUCAAAACUAUACUUCAUAUCAUCCAUCACAAUUAUUAUGUGAAUCAUCAUUACAAACAAGACGAUUUCUAUCACCAGAAUUUCAUGGAAGAAGACCAUUAGUUCAUAAUGAUAAUAAUAAUAAUAAUGGUAGUAAGAAGAAUAUCAAUAGUCAUAUUCCACCAGGAAUUUGUACAAUCAAUACAAAUCGUGUAAAUAUGAAUAAAUCCAGUGGAACAGUUGUGAUUUAA